GCAGUCGGUAAGUGCAUAACGGCGAUCCGUGUAAAUCCUUGUUCAUCCUCUUCUAAACUUGAACAUCGGUCCGUACAAAGAGUCCCGGGCUUCGAUCAGACUUCGCCGACUGGUUCAAACGACCCCAAAUUCGCAAAGAUGUACGCCUGUGCAAAGUUCGUCUCCACGCCGGCACUGGUCCGUGCCGGUUCCCGGGCUCUUUACAGACCCCUCUCUGCCUCUGUGAUGUCCAGGCCCGAGGCCAAAACAGAGAGUAAUGUUGCCCUGAUGCCACAAAGCCCUCUCACCCAGGUUGCAUUGAGAGGCUUCCAGACCAGCGCUGUGAGCAGAGAUAUUGACACUGCUGCCAAGUUUAUCGGUGCUGGAGCUGCCACAGUCGGAGUGGCUGGAUCUGGUGCUGGAAUCGGAACAGUGUUCGGCAGCCUCAUCAUUGGCUAUGCCAGGAACCCCUCUUUGAAGCAGCAGCUGUUCUCCUAUGCCAUCCUGGGAUUUGCUCUGUCUGAAGCCAUGGGUCUCUUCUGUUUGAUGGUUGCUUUCCUUAUCCUGUUUGCUAUGUAAAACUCCUCUGUCAUAGAACACUUUAAUUACAGAUGUGACUACAUAUUUUAUUGUGGCUACCAAAAUUGUUCCGUGUUGGUCUCAUGGAAAUGUACAUUUUCAAGUCAGUUAGACACUGUCGAAUAAAACAAAACAUGUAUUGUAAAAAUGUAAGAAAUUACAUAAUUAAAAUGCAUGUAUUUGA